AUGGACUCGCCGGACUCGCCGCCACCUGCGCUGCUGAUCGUCUCCAAGGCGAUCCCCUCCACCAUCCAGGAUCUACCGCACGCCUUCCAGCGUAUCAACGACCUGCUGCUGCCCACGACCAUCAACAGCGCCGUGUACAACGAGCUGGACCGAGUCAUCCGAGUGUACGAGCCCUUUCGGCCGUGGACCGUGGGGGCGAUGGACGGCGCCGCAGCUCGCGGGCGUCUGGACCUGCUCAAGAAGCUGCGCGUGGGUCGGAGCGCCGGGUGCCCGUCUAAUGCCUUCAUCGGCGCCGCUCGCAACAAUCAACUCGAGAGCAGACCCGUGAAGGAGCUCAAGGCUGCGGCUGAGCGCAGUCACAUGCAGGUGGUCGAGUACUUACGGCCGAGAAUGAGGGAGAUACAGGUGGGUCCCGCACUGGAAGCCGCCGCAGCCAACGGAGACUUGCCGGUUAUCGAGGCUCUCCUGCCGGACCCCCUUCUGAUGGACCGGAUUCUGGCUGCGGCAGCGUCGAACGGCCACGUGCACGUGGUGCAGCUUUUGCUCGACGAUCGCGCCCACCUGUACGUUUUCGUUGUGCUGCAGAAUGCUGCGAAGUUCGGCCAUAUUCCGGUCAUGGAGUUGGUGAUUGACCGAUGCGCAAUGAGGGAUAUUAAAAGUGCGAUGACCGCUGCAGCGGGGGCGGGUCAGACGGAGGCGGUGAGGAUGUUGCUGAGAAGAAUCGAGACGGAUGCGAACACAAUGUCGACCGCGAUGCUGAUGGCAGCCGGCGGUGAGCACUGCGGCGUACUUGCGCUGCUUCUCGAGCACUGGUCCCGCUUCGAAGCAACCGCCGAAUCCGACGGCACAGAAGCUGGCAAUAAAAAGCUACAGAAACAGCUCCGCGCUGUUCGAGAUGCGGUCAACCUCUCGUUCACGCGCGCCGUGCAUAAAGGCCAAACGAGCGUUGUGAAGAUCCUAGCGACCAAGAUUUCGCAGUCAGUCGGCGACUUGUUGCGGAUGACAGCAUCGACAAACCGCGUCGAGAUCGCGGAGGUGCUGCUGGAGAUUGCUCAGGGCAGGGACUGGAAGAGAGACCGCCUGCGCGCGAGCUUAACGGACGCACUACCUCGAGCCGCAGCAAGUGGCAGCGUCGCGAUGGCCAGACUACUCGUUGACAACUGCGGGGAUAUCGAUACCGGCCUUCAAGGUCGCGGUCUCGAGAAAACGCAUUGA